UUUCUCUGAGAAGAAAGAAAGUCAUACCCCCGCGGCGCCCCCAAAAGAUGCUCCGCCAGCGCCUCAUCCAAACCCUCCGCACCCGCGGCGGCUCCGCCACCGGCCCCAGCCGCUGGACCAGCCCCGGCCACGAAGAACACCCCAAAGGCUACCUCUUCAACCGAACCCCUCUCCCUCCCGGUCAGUCCCGUAAAUGGGAGGACUGGGAGCUCCCUUGCUACGUCACCAGCUUCCUCACCAUCGUCAUCCUCGGCGUCGGUCUCAAUGCCAAGCCCGAUCUCACCAUCGAGACCUGGGCCCACCAGAAGGCCCUCGAGCGCCUCGAGAUCGAGAAGGCCGCCCUCUCGCCUGAAUCCGAAUGAGGAAUUCGAUCCCGGUAAGGAUCGGGGAAUCUGUUUUAGAGUUUCCGGCGGGUUUUGGUUUUGGCUGUUGAUAUGAUAUGUAGUUGAAAUAAGGGUUUCUGGAUCGUUUUCAUUUGGAGCUUGAAUACUUCCUAAUUUUGUUGCUUUUCAAGAUUAUUAUUUGGAUGUUUGACUCGGUAUGUUGCGAAUAGCUCAUCAUUUUCGUGGCCUCGAAUUAUAGAUUUCUGCUUUAUGGUUU